ACUCGGGCUAUUUUUAAUGGAUCUGAUUUGGUAAAGAGAUCCAUCGAUCAUUAAAGAAAAAAUAAAAAUUAACGUAAAAAUGGCACGCAAAACUCUUCCAAUCAUCGCUUGUCUUUUGGCUGCCGCCAUUGGCGUUGUAUACGGUGACGCACCUGAAGCUUUAAUCGGCGCUACAGUUGCUAGAAAUAACGAAUUUCCAUACUUGGUAUCCAUCAGAGUGAAUAAUAAUCUACAUUGUGGUGGUGCUAUCAUUGGUCAGUAUCACAUUCUCACCGCUGCUCACUGCGUUGUACCUCUAUUAAACAAAAAACCUGGUGAGGUAACCAUUGUUGCUGGUACAAACAAUCUUUACCUUGGCGGUCAGUUUUACAAACCAGAUCUUUAUAUCCCUCACCCUGACUAUGACUCCGACGAUACUUGGGUCAAUGACAUCGGUGUAAUCAAGCUUUCCAGCCCAAUCCAAUUCAAUACUCGCGUAAAAUCUCUUGCUCUGCCAAACUCACCACCACCGGUUAACGUUCAGGCUUUGAUCGGUGCUUGGGGUGCAACAUCUUCACCACCAAAGAACAUAUCUCCUUUAGUCAGAAGACUGGGACUUAGAGUAUUGUCUAAAAAGGAAUGUGAAAGCUACUUCAAUAAUAUAAAAAUCAUUUCGAGCCAAAUCUGUACUUUGGUUACUAAGGAUAUUGGAACAUGCUCUGGUGACAGUGGCAGCCCAUUGGCCUACAAUCAUCGCGUAAUCGGUAUCGUCUCCGGUGGAAUUCCUUGCGCCCAAGGAUUGCCUGACAUUUUUACUAACGUUUAUAGUUUCCUUGACUUCAUCAAAGACGCCAUGGCUCGUUAAAUUGAAUUUAACAACUUGUAUUUUACGCACAAACUAAUGAUUUCAUGAUAUAUUUCCAUCAUUAUAUUUUCAAUAAAUAUUUUAAUCGAUACAUUUAA